GCACUUUUUCGCUAUUUGUACUUUCUAAGAACAGAUGCGCCAGCUGUGUAGUGUGUAAUGUGUAUAAAGAUUGUAGUAUAGCAGUAGCACGACUAGUAUCCACUAUCCAGAUCCUGAGUGGUUUUAACAUUGGUAUUUUCAAUACCGUGCAGGCUUCGGUUAUAUAUAGGUUAUUCAUAGUGUUUGUUGCUCUCUGUCAUUGUAAUGCACUUCUCCAUCCCUGAUACAAAGGAAUCUUUGGAUGAUAAUGGCAGCACUUAUUUGGCUUACAACAUCCAAGUGAAUGGAUGGCAUCACUGCAGUUUGCGGUACAGGCAGCUUCUGAACCUGCAUCAUCUUCUCCAGCGUGAAUUGCCCACAAUCUCCCUGCCUGCCUUCCCACCUAAGAAGAUACUGCCCCUAUCCUUGCUUCAAACUGAAGACAGGAGACAUGCUCUUGAGAAGUAUAUCCUGGCAUUAAGUCAAGAACCACGGGUGCUUCUGAAUCAUCAUUUCAAUGGGUUUCUUGCCUGUGCUCAACAUGAAAGCUUCACUGGUGGAGGCAGCAUACAGGAGGUCCCCAUCCAAGUCUUUCUCAUGAACGGACAGAGGAUUGUAGUGACUGCAACUGAUGCCUUCCAGACACAACAUUUGCUUCAGUUGGUGUGUCAGCAAAUUGGUCUUCCAUGUGAGCUGAUGAAUUACUUUGCCCUUUACCUGGUGAAGAAGCAAGAUAGUGAAUUGACAUUGGUGAAGAAGCUGCAAAACUUUGAAUGUCCCUACAUCUCUCAGAAAAGCAUGAGAGGUUCUCAUAGAAUUGUUCUGCGAAGAAAUUACUGGGUAUGUGCGGGCGACAGUGCAGUAGAAGACCAUGUCUUGUCACACCCCGUGGGUCUCGGGCUCGUGUACGGUCAGGUCGUGGCAGAGGUUCAGUGCGGUUGGGUACUGGCCACUCCUGAGCAGCAUCGCGCCCUGGCGCAACUACAGGCGCGAGGCCAAAAGAAGGAGUACCUGGAGGCCGCUCGCACCCUGAGGUACUAUGGCUGCACGUUGUUCUCUCCGUGCGUGUGUGACUUCCCUGCUCCCAACACGCCCGUCACCGUCGCUAUUGGCAACAAUGAACUCAACUUCAGGAUAUCUGGAGAAGAUGGCGUUGUCAAAGAAGGAAGUUUCAAAGUUACAAGAAUGCGCUGUUGGAGAAUCUCAACUCAUCAGAAGAGUCCAAACUCGGUCUCGCCGUGCUCAGACAUCGAAGGCUGCAUUUCAAAUGACCGCAAUGGAACUUCGAAAGCACUUUCAGGCUCCAGACAGAACAGCACUAAUAGCAACAGCAGUGGCUUUGGUAGCACGCAUAGUUUGAGCAGCAGCAGCGGUCCUCAUAACAAUGGUUCGCUGGAACCGAACAACACAACUGCCACCGACGGAGAUCGUCAGGAUUUUGAAGACUUAGCCUCGUCUUCAAAACAUUCUAAUUUGAGUGGCCGUCUAGCAAGUCCAUUGAAUGGCUGCAGUGCGAUGCCCAACCUCGCCGGCAGUAAUGGUCAAGGAAGCAGUGACAACGGCGUUACUGAAGUUCUGCAGAGGCCAGACGCAGCAGGAGGCGGAGCGGUGUUGGAGCUGUCCUUUGAGUAUCUGCUGAGGGCCGGAGAGAUGAGAUGGGUGCGGGUGCUAAGCAACCAAGCUGUGCUCAUGUCCCUGUGUCUGCAGUCCAUGGUACAACAACUCAUUGGCGCCUCUGCACCAGGGUCAUCACCUACACCCCCUGCGUGCCCUGCGGUCACAGAGCUGCCUGUCCACUACACCAAAACUGAUGGAUCUUCUGUGCUUGUAUACACGUACCAAGUUAGACAACCGAGGAACAGUACGGCGGGGUUAGUUGCGUUGGGCGAACUGUCACUUCGAAGACUUACUGAGAAGUUUGCUGAGCUGAACGGCAGUAACAAUAGCAGUUCAGCAGCAAGUCAGCAACAGCCGUCUCAGCAGCUGGGUUCUUCUGUUGUCAGUUAUCAGCAGCUUAGCCAACACGUCGUGGAAAAUUCAGCCUUCAACAUCAUCACUGACCAACAUUUGUAAUGAAGGGAGAACAGUAACGCUAGUUCCAUAUACUACGUUGCUUGACUGGCUAGGUAAAGUAUUCAACUGAACGUUAUUCAAAAUUAUUUGAAGGUUUACUUAUUAGUUGUAUGUGGCUUGCUUAGAAGACAAAAAUUUGGAGACGUCGGAGCGCUAAAUUUUGUUUUGCUGGCUUCGAGACAAUUUAAGCUCUAAUUAGCGAUUAUUCAUUAUAUCUUCAACAAAUUUAAAUUCUGGAACGUUUUUUUUUUUGCUUUUUAUACAUAAUUUUGGCUAGCGUACUUCCUGGCUUGCUGCAUUUACAAAAAAAAUCACGACUGAGUUUGUGUUCAUGUACGUCCUAAAAUAAAACGAGUUGAUGAGAGAAAAAAUUCCACGGUCUUCUGCAACACCGAAGGCAGAAUGAAUUUUUAGUACUAGGACGUGGUUUGAACAAUCCAGUGAUUUUUAAAAGUGGUUAUACUUCGUGUUUGAACAUUUUAAAUACAUUUCCCACUCUUGGGUUUAGUGGUUUUAAACUUUUCGGUAUCUUGUUGAUCUAUUUUUUUAAUGAACCCUGAUUGCUCUAUCUGUACGCUUGACUAUGGCGGUUUGUGAGUGAUGUAAUUUCAAUUUUUCGAUCUUAUACUUAAGUUAGCGUUUAUCAAAUAUCAAUCGAGUUGAAUAUUUCAAAAUGUAAUCUGAAAAAUCUUGAUUUGAGAUUUUGCUUUUGUUGCAUGCGUUGUUUGUUGUUUCUAAACAUCAGUGAUCUUUAUUACGUAUUGAAUUAUUAACUUUAUUCAACUUUCCUGACGCCUGUUAUUAUGAUUUCCGUUGUGAAUUAAUUAUUGACUUACAUUAUGUUCAAAUUAACAUCUUUUCAAUGCCCAAUUUAUUUUUUUUACAUUUUCAGCAAAGUAAAUGUUUUGAGUACUAAAUUGCUGGGAUAAAUUUUGAAUAUUUGAACCUGAAUUUUGCUGAACUGUUCAUGUUUGUAAUUAUUGGAUGCCACAUUGUGAUCAUAUUGAUUGCAAUCCAUUGAUUAGAUUGGACGCCACAUUGAAAAACUAAAAUUAUGCAAGUGACUUUAGAUUUUUUAAGCAAAGAUAAGCACCUCAUAAUAACUCCAAAAUUUGAGCUUGUAUACUAUUUGAUUGAAUCUCUUUAUCAUUACUUGAAGGCAAUUCCAGUGUUUGAGAACCUAUCCUGUAUACAUCGUAUUCGUUCUUGAAUUCUUUACUGUCUGUGUUUUAAAUAUGUCCUUUUAUUAUUCCGUUGUGCAAAGUUGGCCAUGCAUUGAUUAUAUUUCUUUUUCUUUCACGAUGGCCCUUUUCUGAUGUGGUACUUAUUUUCUGACAGGGUUUUUAACACUUAAACUGUUUUGCUCAGUUAGACGUUCCGCAUUCGUGAAAUUCUUAGAUGAGUAUAGUACGCUACUCUAGCUCCCUGAAAAUGUGUGUGGAGCAUUUUUGCAGGGUCCUGCCAUGUUAUUUGAAAUAAUACUCUUCAUUUGGUUUGCUGGAAUGCGGUUUGUUCCUUGAAGAUUAUUUUGAAUUAGUUUCAGGCGUAGAUGGCGGUUUGUUUAUAAAGUCUUGUGUCAAAUUAGUACAUUAGGACAACUGGAUGGUGCUAAAUGGCCCUCAAUGUAGUCGUAAACUGGAUGUGUAUCGGAUCCUCAUGUUGUUGAAUAAUUCGAUGUUUGGCUUUUGAUGUAACAAUGUUAGAUUAGUAAUAGACAAUCUGAAUCAUUCAAGAAUGGUGAUGUGAAUUAAGGAUAUGGUUGACCACUCUAAGACAUAAUUAUAUAGAGCUUAUUGUUGUUGUUUUGACGUUGCUCUUUGUACCGACCAUAUAUGACUCUGAUAAUUAUGACUGUAUUUUUAUACUGUUGUAUGUGCUACUGCAGAGCCUGUAGCUAUUUUUGGACAUUUUUUCCCAGUUGUGUCGUUUUAUAUUCUUGGCGAAAAACGUUCACGUUUUUAAAUUAUUAUCAAAUUGUGUAAUUUGCAACCGUGGUCCUAUUUCGUGCACACUUAUAAUCGUUCGAUGCGUCUUACUGUUCAUGCUCUCAGAUCUGAUAUGAAAAUAAGAUUGAUAAAAAAUAUUAACUUUAAAUACGGAGAUUAUUUUUCUCGUUGAAAAUAACUGGUUCUACUUUUUUUCGCUAUUUGACUUUGCAAGCUGCCAAUUUGAAGGCAUUUGUGAGAUUCUAUGUCCUAGUUUGAUUGAAUCUUUCACAUCUAUAAUCUAUAUGAUUUCUAAUUUCUGUAACGGAGUAAAAAUAUAUAACCUGCGAUACAUUCAUUCCUCUACGUUCCUUGUAGUUUAAGUUGUAUUUAAUGUUGUAUUCCAGCUUUUAUUGUUUUAUGCGUUUUUAUUAUAAUGCAUGUAUUGAAUUUUCUACGAGUUUUAACCCGUCUGAAUAGCUAUUUGGUCAUGUAUUCUUCUAUGAACUAUUGCUUAUUGCUGAUAGAUUUUUAUACAAGUUGUUUCUCAAGUUGUUACAAAUUGUUGCCUAAAGGCAAAUACAAAUAGUUGCAUGUGAUACAAUUGGCACGUUUUAGAUUUCGUGGAAGUUCGAGGUCCAUGUAAUUUGUGUAUUACGAGGAAUUUAUUAUCUUCAUUUUUUUGCCAUGUAAACAAAUGAUCGCAGAACUCUUUGAUUUGUGCGUACCGUACAAGCAAUUAAUAUCUGCUCUACAGGGUGUAGGUUUUGCAUUUAAAUACUGGAGUAUUUCAGAACGGGCUUCCGAGGUUAUGGAAUUGCGAGUUCCAGAAACGAGUGCGUCUGUCACGGAUUUUUUUCGUUGAUUUCAAAUUUUUUUAGAAAAGAUAGCUUCAGGUUUUUGAAACGAUAGCGAAAGUAUCACGUGUUCAUUAAAUUUCUUAUUUGCUCAGAAAAUUUUACAAUAGGGUUUACUGUUUUUAUACAAUAUUAUUGGAUACAUGACUAGCAGAUACAUGGCUUGCUUAAUUCUAAUGGGGACCUAAACACCGUUUUUAAGUAUUACUUGCAUUUUAAGGUUUAAUGCCUUCAAAAUAAAUGCUUAAUGAAUGAAUAAAUUUUGUGACCUAGAGAUGGGGACAAUAGUCGGGAAAUGUACACAUUAAAAUUCUAAUAAUAAUCUUUCUGUCGGCGAUAUACAGUAUGUGCAACAAGAGGACCGAGGACCUUCAAAGGUACAUUGUCCUACACUUAAUCUAGAAACUGGAAUUGUAAAUUUUCCAUGAUCUUGAAAUUUUUGUCAGGACACGACGUUAAUUCGUGACCGUCCAAAUGAGUAACUGAGGAUCACGGUGAACAUCAAGCUUAACUGCCGCUAACGUAUCUAAAAUCUUUCUUAUUUCAUCUCUUUGACCUCCACGUAUUAUUUUUGGGUGCAAACAUGUUGUAUCCUAAAAAUUUAUUCAUGCAGAUUAUACAUAUUGCUAUU